AUGUGGUUCCCCGUACACUCCUUGCGCAUUCUUUCUAACUCUUGGUCCUUUGGAGGCAGACGGGUUGUGGCUAGCAGCUAUACCUGCCGACGCUACAAGAAAGAGGUGCUUCCGUCCCCAGAAGGUCCGGUCCCACCGGUGUCAGUCACAGAGAUACGACAGUACUUGAGGGCUCAGGACAUCCCUUUUCAUGAUGGCUAUAGUUGUCUUCACACACCCAGCAUUUUUGUGGAGGAGAAGCAGCAGGUUCGACAUAGCUACAGCCUGUUUAUUGACAAAACCACAGGCCGCUUUGUCUGUACAGCCACACUGGUUGAGGGUAACUGGCAGGACUUCCAGGCCAGCAUUGAGUUGAAACAUAAUGGUGUGGCUCUCAAUGAACUGCUAAAGACGGAUGGGCAAAAGGACCAAGCUGGGGAGGAUUCCCAGCACAUUUGGGAGAGAGCUUUGCCUCUGUGGGAACUGCUGGAUAAGCAAGAGACACAGGAAGCCAAGGCUACAUUUGGUAUUUCCAGUGUGUCUGAUACCACCCUUAAGCGUUUUGGGGUGCGUUAUCUGCGGACAGCUCAGGCCUUGGUCUUCCCAUGGUUUAGCCCCCAGGGCACCAGCCUAAAGGGCUUAAAGCUUCUGGGGGCUGAGCGCCAAGGAGAGACAGUAUGUUACGUGGAGAACACUCUGCCCCGUCCAGGUGCUUAUUACAAUCUCUUUGGACUGCCACUGAUCAGCCGACGAGAUACAGAAGUGGUCCUGACUGGACGGGAGCUGGAUGUCUUGGUGCUGCACCAGGCGACGGGGCUACCAACUCUGGCCUUGCCUCGAGGGUUUUCAUGCCUCCCCCCAGCCCUUCUUCCCUACUUAGAACAGUUUAAAAGGAUUACACUCUGGUUGGGGGAAGAUCUCCGCGCUUGGGAGGCUGCCAAGCUGUUUGCCCGCAAACUGAAUCCUAAGCGGUGUUCUUUGGUGCGACCUAGUGACCAGCAACUCCGUCCCCUAGAAGCUUUCAACCGUGGCUUAAACCUCACCAAGAUUUUGCGCACAGCCCUGCCUGCUGGCCACAAGUCCAUAAUUUCAUUUCGCGAGCUGCGUGAAGAGGUAUUUGGGGAACUGGCCAAUGUGGAGCAGGUGGCUGGGGUCAAAUGGGCCCGUUUUCCAGAAAUGAACAAACUCCUGAAGGGUCACCGAAAAGGGGAGCUCACAGUCUUCACAGGUCCAACCGGCAGUGGGAAGACAACUUUCAUCAGUGAAUAUGCUCUGGAUCUCUGUAUGCAGGGAGUGAAUACUUUGUGGGGCAGCUUUGAGAUCCACAAUGUGCGCUUGGCCAAGAUCAUGCUUACCCAGUUUGCCAUGGGACGGCUGGAGGAACAGCUGGAAAACUUUGAUGAGUGGGCAGACAAAUUUGAGGAUCUUCCUCUUUACUUCAUGACUUUCCAUGGGCAUCAGAAUAUCAAGACAGUGAUGGACACCAUGCUGCAUUCUGUGUACAUGUAUGACAUUACCCAUGUGAUUAUUGACAACCUUCAGUUCAUGAUGGGCCAGGAGCAGCUGACUGUGGACAGGCUUGCUGUCCAGGACUACAUUGUGGGCGCCUUCCGGAAGUUCGCCACAGACAACAACUGUCAUGUGACUCUGGUAAUUCACCCUCGGAAGGAAGAUGAGGAGAGAGAGUUGCAGACUGCCUCAAUUUUUGGGUCUGCAAAGGCCAGCCAGGAAGCUGACAACGUGCUGAUCCUGCAGGACAGGAAGCUGGUGACAGGCCCAGGCAAGCGCUACCUGCAGGUGUCGAAGAACCGCUUUGAUGGGGAUGUGGGGAUCUUUCCUCUGGAGUUCAGCAAAACAUCCCUCACUUUCUCUACCCCAAUCAAAGGCAAAGCCAAGUUGAAGAAAGUUAAAAAUGACGAUAGUGUGCCUCCCAAGAAAGCUCCAGCAGGUGCUGGUGGGGCUUCAAAGAAGCAGCGGGCCCAGCCACCCAGUACAGAGGCUUCCCCAGAUGGACCUGUCAAACCUUGA